UCAGUUCUAAAUUUCCAAAAGUUUGGGAAAAACUCUGCAAAAUGGAUGGAGUGACACACCAGCAUCACUUCAGCCGCCUGUACCGGGAAUACCAAAGCAGCAGCGUCAUAGCUCUGCAUUACAACUACACGGGGAAGCUGACCACGAGCCGCUACAAAGGUGGACUGAAAGCCGAAGCUGUGGUCUUCCUGGUGGUGUGUGUGCUUAUUGUCUUGGAGAAUCUUAUUGUACUUUUAGCCAUCUGGCGGAAUAAGAAAUUUCAUGCUCCGAUGUUCUACCUCCUCGGCAACCUGACUCUAUCGGACCUUCUGGCUGGCAUUGCCUACAUGGUGAACAUUGUGUUAUCUGGGGCAAACACGCUCCGUCUGACCCCUGCCAUGUGGUUCAUCAGGGAAGGGGGUGUCUUUGUCACAUUGACUGCCUCCAUAUUCAGCUUAGUGGCCAUCGCCAUUGAGCGUCAUAUCACCAUGGUCCGUAUGAAGCUCUAUAGUGGGGAAAAGAAAGGACGCAUGGCCUUGUUGAUUGGGGUGAGUUGGCUGCUCUCUAUACUGUUGGGAAUAUUGCCAAUAUUGGGAUGGAACUGCAUGCAGAAGCUCCCCGCCUGCUCCACCAUCUUACCUUUGUAUUCAAAGGAUUACAUAUUGGUGUGCAUCAGCGUCUUCCUGGCCAUUCUCAUCUCCAUUGUGGUCCUUUAUCUCCGUAUAUACAGGAUUGUCAAACACAACAGCCAGAGACUGGGAACACUCCGCAAGGGGGCUCUGAGGAAGUCCCAGAAGUACAUGGCCUUACUGAAGACGGUGACUAUAGUGGUGGGAACCUUCAUUGGAUGUUGGCUCCCACUCUUUAUAUUGCUCCUGUUUGAUGUCUCGUGUGAGGUUAACUCAUGCCCAGUUCUCUUCAAGGCCGAUUAUUUCCUUGGUCUGGCCAUGAUAAACUCUUUAUUGAACCCGAUCAUCUACACGCUGACCAGCAGAGACAUUCGAAGAGCCAUUCUAAAGCUGCUUUGCUUCUUCUGUCUUGUGAACGAGGAUGGAGAAGCUCGAGGAAGAUUCAGCUUUUUCCCCGUCCUAGAACAAAGUACCAGCAAGUCAGAGAAGUCAUCCCAUAAGCAGGAAGGCUUGGAGACAUCAGGGAACGGGACCCCAACACCAGUCAAGUCACUUGUGACCCCUCGAAAGUUCUGAACAUUGUUGUAAACGGGAAAUCAUUUCAA